AUGCAAUCAGAGGCGGGUCACGUUGAGCACAUCUGGAUCAUUACGGGUCCUGCAGGAUGUGGAAAGACAACCGUUGCCCAGUACCUCGCGAAAGAGCUGUCGUGGCCGUACGUGGAGGGCGAUGAUUUCCACUCGCCAGCCAAUAAGCAGAAGAUGGCUUCUGGCAUCCCACUCACCGAUGCAGACCGUUGGGACUGGCUCAUCACUCUCAGAGAGGAGGCCAUUCGACGCCUCCAGACCUCCAGCUCUGUCAUUGUCACCUGUUCCGCCCUGAAGCGUAAAUACCGAGACGUCAUUCGUGUCGCAAACUACGAACAUCCCUCCGUGCAAGUCCAUUUUAUCUACCUCAAGGUCGACGAACACACUUUGCAGAAGCGCGUUGCCGAGCGCGAGGGUCACUAUAUGAAAGAAAGCAUGGUCCACAGUCAAAUGGCGGCAUUGGAAGAACCCGAGGAGGAAAUGGAAUGGGACGUCCUGGAAGUGGAUGUUAGAGACGAUAAAGAGAAAGUCCAGCAAAACACACUCGAUCUUGUCAAGCAAAAGUUGAAGGAGUAUGAAGAUCAUGCCGGACAACGCAGCUGA